CUGACACAGAUAGUGCACAAGACCUAGCCUGCUUUGAUGUAUGCUCAUUGAAAAGACCCAACAGGGGAAUUAUAUGGGUUUCACCUAAAGUGGAGGGGAAAACACUGACCAUGGAGUUAGAUACUGGAUCUGCAUUGUCAGUCAUCUCCAAAAAGGAUUACCAGGCACACUUCUCACAUCUAAAAUUACAGUCUACUGAUGUAAUGCUCAAAACUUACACAGGGGAGCGCAUAGCCCCAAUGGGCGUGGUCAAGGUGAAGGUACACUACAGCGAUCAACGCCAUGUGCUGUCCCUGUAUGUUGUUGAGAGAGGAGGUGCGCCCCUGUUUGGCCGUGAAUGGCUUCGUGAGAUACAAUUGGAUUGGCAGUCAAUUAAAGAAAUGCAAGCAACAGUGACCAAAAAGCAGAGCACCGGCUCUACAACUGAAAAAUUGAAUAAAAUACUUACCAAUGCAGGAGAAGUUUUUCAAGAUGGCAUAGGCACACUUAAACACCUGAAAGCCCAGAUUGUGCUGGAAGAUGACGCUGUUCCCAAAUUCCACAAGGCGCGCCAGGUUCCAUACGCUCUCCGCCCCAAAGUGGAAAAUGAACUCCAAAGGCUGGAAAAUGAGGGCAUCUUAUCGAAAGUGGACUGGUCUGAAUGGGCAACGCCAAUAGUGCCAGUGGUAAAGGGAAAUGGCUCAGUUCGCCUCUGCGGAGAUUUCAAGGUCACAGUCAAUCCGGUCCUGAAGGCGGAACAGUACCCUCUACCGCGUAUUGAUGACAUCUUUGCAGCGCUGGGCCAAGGUAAGCGAUUCUCCAAGAUUGACCUAGCACAAGCGUACUUACAGAUGGAGAUGGAGGAGUCGUCUAAAAAGUACUUGACCAUCAAUACCUCCAAAGGUCUCUAUCAGUACAACCGCCUGGUCUUCGGCAUCGCUUCAGCACCGGCAAUCUGGCAGAAAGCAAUGGAGCAAGUCCUACAGGGCAUACCGAAUACACAGUGCUAUUUGGAUGACAUAGUCAUUACAGGAGAAAAUGACGACGCACACCUUGAAAAUCUGGAAAAAGUGCUCAAAAGAUUGGAUGAAUUUGGAUUACGGGCCAACAAAUGCUACACCCCUUGA